UGUUUUUAGUUGUUCGUUGUCUCCGACUUGUUUUGUUUCAUUGAAGCGUAUAAAUUGGAUAAUUAUUCGAAAGUUGUUAAAAAUCUUCAAAACGUUUCAUAUAAAAAUAAGAUGUACUUUUUAACAAUACCGCCACAAAUGUCACAAUAAUGAAUAUAUCUGAAUAGGAGCGCACUUUAUGACGUCUGUUUAUUGAAUUUUUUUAGAAAAUAAAUACAAAUUCAUUGAAAUAUGUUGUUUAUUUGUAAAAAUUAAAAAUAUUUAUGUCGAUUGUAUGGUAAUGAAUUAGUGUUACGUCUCAAGAUGGAUGCACCCACUGUGACCGAGAAUCCAAUCAAAGAGAGUGCAGUCACGGCAGAGAGCUGCGAAGUAGCCGAGAAGCAAACGGUGAAGGCCGCACCCAUUGUUUCCGAUACACCAGUGGAGGAGGUGGUGAUCAAGUGUGAAGUAAUAGAGAUAUCAGACGAGGACACGGAUCAGACAACUCAAAAGAAGAAAAAAAGAAAAAAACCAAAAUUGCCCAAGGAGCGGAUACCGUGCGACCAGUGCGACAAAUCGUUCCAGACAGGUUACGAGCUCAAGAAGCACAUACGAACACACACGGGCGAGCGGCCGUACAUGUGUACCACCUGUGGGAAGACAUACACGCAGCUCGGUCACCUCAGCAUACACCAGCUAUCUCAUAAAGGUAUAAAGAACUUCAACUGUAACGAAUGCGGAUCAUCGUUCUACCGGAAGGCGGACCUGGACCGCCACGAGAAGGCCCACAAGGGCAUCAAGCCGUACUCCUGCGAGAUUUGCUCCAAGUCCUUCACACAGAAGAACAAUUUGGUGAUGCACGUGAAGAUGCAUAUUGGUGAUAAAAGGUACGAGUGUCCAGUAUGUCUGAAGAGGUUUAUGACCAGGAGCAAGAUGAUGCUGCAUUCCAAGAGGCACGAUAAGGAUAAAAAGAAUAAGAACGAAUUUAUGUCCUCCUUUGUUGAAUAAAGUUUUGGCGCGGUUU